GCGGCUUCAGUGGCUACCUGGGCUGGAGGAAGUCAUCUAAACAGAAUCAACAAGAGGAGCGGAGGUUCGGGAAACAAGGACUUCCAUUUUAUCACCGAGAAGGGGGAAAAAACAAAAAACAAAAACAAAGCCAAAGAGAGCUCCGGAUUCAUUUGAGCGAAAGUAAACCCGCCGAAGGGCUUCGGAUCACCCCGAGAUCACAUUCCAGCAGAGGAAGAUGAGUCUCUCACCCCGCACUAAGCUUGUCUGACGGACUGGGGGCUCUUUGGACUUCAGUGCACUCAUUCUCUGUCAGCAACUUUGACUAAAAGAAUCUAAAAUCCUGAGAGGGGCGGGGGGAACAACUCUUUUCCUUAAAAGGGAUAACAGGAAAGCUUUAAGAUGGAGGAGGGAUAUGAGCUCGACCUCACCUAUAUCACAGAACGGAUCAUCGCCGUCUCCUUCCCUCGGGGAUGCUCUGAGGAGAUCUACUUGCUUAAUCUAAAGGAUGUCACACGAAUGCUCAAAUCCAAGCAUGCGGAUAAUUACCUGAUUAUUAACCUGUCAGAGAGAAGACAUGACCUCACCAGAAUGAACCCAAAGACUUUGGACACCGGUUGGCCAGACCUACAUGCUCCUCCGCUGGAUAAGAUCUGCACCAUCUGUAAAGCCAUGGAGAGUUGGCUCAAUGCCAACCCUUUACAUGUGGUCGUCAUACACUGCAGGGGUGGCAAGGGUCGAAUUGGUGUUGUCAUUUCCUCCUUUGUGCAUUUCACUGACGUGUCUGCCAGUGCUGAUCAAGCAUUGGACCGCUUUGCCAUGAGGAAAUACUACGAUGACAAGGUCUCAGCUCUGAUGACACCUUCACAGAAGCGGUAUGUUUGGAUCCUCAACAGUUUACUAAGUGGGUCCAUGAAGAUCAAUGCCUCACCUUUGUUCCUGCACUGUGUCGUCCUCCAUGGGAUCCCAAACUUUGAGACUGCCAGCAGAGUGUGUUGCCCAUACAUCAAAGUCUACCAAGGAAUGCAAGCAGUGUACUCCUCUGGAAUCUAUCACAUUGGCUCAAAUCACAGGGAUCGCGUGUGUAUCAAUCUGGAGCCUGCCCAGCUCCUGAAAGGGGACAUCAUGAUUAAAUGCUAUCACAAAAGUGAUGUAACGUCAGAACGUGAGGUGAUUUUCCGGCUGCAAUUCCACACGGGAGCAGUACAGGGUUACAACCUGAUAUUUGAAAAGGAGGACAUGGAGAAUGCCAACAAAGAUCCCAGAUUUCCAGAUUAUGGCAAGGUUGAACUUAUCUUUUCUGAAGGACCAGAAAGAAUUCCGGGUGCUGACAGGUGGCAAAAUGGACCCGAUGUCAUUGUGGAUUACAACACAGCAGAUCCUCUGACUCGCUGGGACUCGUACAAGAACAUCUGUGAUGGUGAAGCGCCACGCUCUCAGGGCCUAAACCAGGACAAAGCAGCUAGCAAGAGGAGCGCUGUCUUUGGAGAAGCCACCACGCUGGGAAGAGGGACCCGCACAACCUCCACCACCUCUAGCCCUGACCAUAGUGACCACGCCCUGUCUGUGAGCAGCGACUCAGGCCUGUCCAGCACAUCUCUGUGGGCAGAAAGACAGACACCUGUCACCACCACCACCACCACCACCAGCAGCAGUAGCAGCACCACCACUGUGAGAGCUAACCAGGGACCAAGUCCACAGGAGAAGGUCCAGCUGAAGCAGCUCCUCAGUGGUUUUGGUCUCGAGGAUCCUUCCCUGGAUGAGAUGGAUGACCCAGGUCCUAAGUUGGACUUGAAACAGACACUUCCAGUACAGUUGCACUUUAAUGGAGACACCCGACCCCGAGAGAGAGAGACGGACAUCCUUGAUGAUGAAAUCAACACAGGUCAUGAUCUGCACAGUUUGGACAGCCUAGGAACUCUGUCGUCCUCGUGCCACAAGAGUAGCCAAAACUCCCUUCUUUCAGAUGGGUUCGAGUGUCCUGGAUCAGAGGACCAUCACAACCAGCACCACUUUCAUCACUCUGCACCUCAACAAAUGGAUGAUAUUGAAAGAAGAAUCUUUUUGAGGUCCAGAAGCAACUCUAACCCCAGCAGUGCUCCUACACCAAAGCAGCAUGUCUACAGACAGGAGAGCUACUCCACACAGUCCUGGGUUCGGCAGCAACAGAUGGUUGCUGUACAGCAGUUUAACUACAUGCCUAAGGAUGGAAAUGACACAGAAAGGUAUUCUGGGAUCAAAUCUGGGAGCGGUUCACCCAAAGAAAGUCUGGCCAACCAACCACAGAACCACAUGAGGGACACAAAAAUGGAUAGUGUAAAGAACACAGUACCUCACAAGGAACAGCCAACCACCAAUAAUAACCACAACAAUAACAAGCAUGAUGACGAGAUAAAAUCCCUAACAAUGGAUAUUGAUAACUCCAUUGAUCAGCUAAAUCAGCUGAUCAUGGACCUGGAUCCCGUGUUUAUGCCUAGACCAGGCUUCAACAAGUCUACCAAGAGGGAUGACGGGACACAGUUCAACGACUCAGUCAACAAAAGUUUAAACAGCAUUGAUGUCAGAUUCAACGAUUGUAACACGGCAACUCUGAAAAACUCACCGCAGACAGUUGCCCAGUCCAAUGAUGUGCGAAGUGGCAUCACACGGAGUUUGAGUUGCCAAAGGCAGGAUGUAAUGGAUCAUCACUCAGACUUUUGUAACUCAGGGUGGGGUGACCCAGAGGAGUACAAAGCCCAGCAGACAUACCCCCAGUGUGUCUCUCAGUUUCAACAUCCCACGUUGUACAGAAGUCACAGUACCAGUUAUAGAACCCAGGGCCUAGACAACACUGGUGGAGUUGAGAAGGGCAUGCCUCCACCCACUCCUGCAUUCCCCAUCUCACCAACAACACCUUACGUGAAAACUAUGUCAGAGUUCACUGAGCUCAGCCAAAUUCCAUCUCCCAACAUGCAGUCAUUUAGAGGCUUUGGACCAAAUCAAGAACCUCAUGGACAUUCUGUGAUCAAUCAUGUGACCUUCGAGACUUUGCCAGAUUCCUCCAUCAACUGCCACAGGAUGCUAAAUUCAACAUACUCUACCUCCAUCACUGGAAAUCAUCAGCAGACAGACAGCUCCUCUGUAAGUCAGUCCUGGCCAGAGCAUGAUGUCCUGACCCACCACUCCUCCCUGAGUAGCUACCCAUCUGUCCGACAGCCACCACCACCCUCGGUGUCUCUCGAAUAUGGCCGUCACUCUCCCUUGCAUCCUCCAUUACACCAUCCCCAUGCACAUUCUGUGCCUAACGCACACAGCUCUCCACGAAGCAGCCAGCGAAGCUGUUUGGCUGGCUACACAAUCAGCCGUAGUCCCCAGUGCUUUGACGAGCAAGACAGCUCAGUUCACGGCUGUCUGGACAUGGGUAUCGACAGGGAUCUUCUAACUUCAAUGGACAAUCAACAUCAGCUACAGUUUCCCCAGACGCAGCCUCCUCUGCUUCCUGAGAAAAAGAGGGUAUCAGAUGGAGAGCAUUCACUGCAGUCUACAUCUCCAGCCCUCAGCGGGUUCUCGAGUCCCCACAGUGGGAGCUCCCUGAGUAUUCCUUUCCCUAAUGUGCUGCCCGACUUGUCAGCUCAGACACCACUUGCUUCCUCACCUCUCCCAGAUGUACUGGUCAGCAAGCAGGUGACGGUAAAGUUUGUUCAGGACACGUCAAAAUUCUGGUAUAAACCAGAUAUUUCAAGAGAUCAAGCUAUUUCAGUUUUGAAGGAGAAGGAGCCUGGCUGCUUCAUAGUUAGGGACAGCCACUCCUUCAAAGGGGCUUACGGUCUGGCUAUGAAGGUGUCUACGCCUCCUCCUUCAGUCAUCCAGCAGAGCAGAAAAGGAGGUGAUCUGUCCAACGAAUUGGUGCGCCACUUCCUGAUUGAGUGCACACAGAAAGGCGUGCGUCUGAAGGGGUGCCCAAAUGAGCCCUACUUUGGAAGCUUAACAGCAUUGGUUUACCAACAUUCGAUCACCCCACUGGCUCUUCCCUGUAAACUUAUAAUACCUGACAAAGAUCCUCUUGAAGAUGUUGUGGAGACCAUUUCACAUUCAGUCACUAACUCAGCUACUGAGCUGCUGAAACAGGGAGCAGCUUGUAAUGUGUGGUACCUGAGCUCUGUGGAGAUGGAGUCUCUAACAGGAGUCCAGGCAGUGCAGAAAGCCACGACCAUGACCCUGGACGCUGACUCUCCACCAAUCCCCACUGUGGUCCAUUUCAAAGUUUCCUCCCAGGGAAUUACUCUAACGGAUAACCAGAGGAAACUCUUUUUCAGGAGACAUUACAAUGUCAACACCGUGAUAUUUUGUGCUUUGGACCCUCAAGAUAGAAAGUGGAAGAAAGAUGGAUUUCCAUCAGCAAAAAUCUUUGGCUUUGUGGCAAGGAAAACUGGCACUUCCAUGGACAAUGUGUGCCACCUAUUUGCAGAACAUGACCCCGAACAGCCAGCAAGUGCCAUUGUGAACUUUGUCUCUAAAGUGAUGAUUGGCUCACAAAGGAGUAAGUAGGGCAGAGCUGAUCACCUGGAAAAAUGUUUACUGAAGCCAGACGCAGCAACCAAAAGACUGAGGAUACGGAGUUCCUAAAAACAGGAACUGCUAAUGAAAUAGACUCUGACUGUGGAUGUUAAAUGGAUAUUUACUGAGUGUUGCUGAAAUACUCACUGGUUAUACCAUUAGUAGAAAAACAGUGAGAUGUUUCAAAAAUGAAAACAGAUUCUUUUUUGUUUAUUUCUAAUUGAAAUUUAAGCCAGCUCAAGAUCCUUAAAGUAUUGUUAUUUCUAUACAUUGAUAAUUCUAGUGUCCUGUACUGUUAUAAAUUAUUAUUAAAUAAUCAACAUCUUUCACAUUUAUGAACACAGGUGAUUAGAAUGUACAAAGCCUGAAAAGAAAUUAAGCUUAUAUUGCAUCAACAUAAUCUAAGACUGAUCAUUUUCUAAAGUUUUCUCUCUUCUUCCCCAAGUACAUUUAUUUAACUUAGACAAAUAAAAUUCUAUGUUAAGAAACAAGAGAGUUUUUGUUAGUUUUUCAGCUUCCUUGAAAAUUUAACUUAAUGACUCCUUUACUCUUCACUGUUGAUCAGAGUGUUAAGAAUCUCUAGUUAGCUCUCUAGAAUUUUCUGUUCUCUUAUGGGACAAAUAUUGCUUGACGUAGAGGGUGAUUUUUCUCAGCAAGUUUGCAUAAUGAGAAAAUAUGCCUUUUAGAUGUGUGACAACAUAAAUAUGUGGUUGGAGCAAUGUGCUUUUUAAAUUCAUAUUUUUACUUACAAGUUAAUUCCAAACUGACUUAGUCCAAGCAAUUAACAAACAUUACUUUGUAGGGAACGCACAAGCAUAUCUUUUACUAUAUCUGAGUAUCUCAGUUUGAACUUUGAAUAUCUGAAAAACAGAGUAACAAAUGGGGAAAAUAUGUAUGUUUGGAGCUAGCUAUGUUUAUUUUAUAUUGUAAUAUUUUACCUAUGCAAUGUGUAUUUCUUUUUUUGAGUACAGUAUGCAUGAGUUGUAUUGGAGUGUCUUUUUUAAAGUGUUAUGGUCUUUUUUUUGUCAUAAGAUAUAGUAGAACAUGACCAUUUGGAUAUAUAUUUUUUAGGGAUUUUAUGUGUUUUUGUAUUAAAUUUAUAGGCAAUGUACGAUGCUGUUUCAUCUAAACCUUAAAAAAUAAUAUAUAUAUAUAUAUGUAUAUAUUAUGUAUUAUAUAUAUGCAUAUAUAUAAUACAUGCAAAAACUCAUUAAAAGACAAUAUUGCUAUUUUAUAAAAGAUGAUUGUUGCCUAUCAAAAUCAGAUACCAAGAUUUCCAGCUUUAAUUUUUUUUGUUCUUUGCUGGAAUACUAUGGCCAGAAACAGUCUUGUAGUCUAUUUGAGGUCUUUCUGACUUAAAAAGGAAACAGGCUAUUGAAUGUGGGGGCAAGAAGAUCAGUAGAGGAGACUUUAACCUUUAACUAAAAUGAAUUAAAUAUAUAGUUCAGUGUUGGAAGCGUACUUAGUCACCAUGCACCUGUGCUUGGGGGCAAAAAUUACUUUUAACUAUCCAAGCCUGUUGUAUUAGAGAUAGUGGCUGUUUUCAAAAAUCUAAAUCAAAUCAAAUUUUAUUUGUGUAGCACAUUUCAGCAGCAAGGCAUUUCAAAGUGCUUUACAUCAUAAACACAAAGUCAUGCAACAUAGAAUAAACAAUACAUUGUUACAUAUUACAUUUCAAAUACAAUUCUAAACAGGUGUGUUUUUAGUUGAGAUUUAAAGGAAGUCAGGGUUUCCGCUGUUUUACAGUUUACAGUUUUCAUGUACCUUCUUUGCUUUGGAUAAUCAUUUGAAUCCAGACAGGGACCCACAGUCACAACAAGAUUGUUGGUAUUAUUGCAUGGAUUUUCCAUGAAACCUGAUACUUUCCUGCACUGCAUAAGAAGCUGUUUUUCCUCAUUGUCUAACAUUAAAUCAAGCUAAUGUUUUCUUGUGUUAGGUCAGUAUGGAUAAUUCAGUUAUUUCUAUUUGUUUAAUGCCAGAAUAUUAAAAUUUGUUUUAGAUAAGAUUUUCCUACUUUCUUCAGAUACAUAUGUUUAAAUACUUCAAGACUACCAUGUUUAUAAACUAUUUGGGAAAGCCCAAAUGAUGAUAAUCUCCCAGCUUUGUAAGUUUCUUAUAAGUCAGUUAACAACAUUUGUAUAGAGGCCCGAAGUUUGACAUUUUUAGUUCUUCAAAAAAUAGGUGAGUACUAAAGCCAUGAGGCUCCCAUCAUAUAUGUCUCCCAUCAGAGACAUAUAUGACAACAUGUGUCAAAAUAGGAGUGUUUGUAACAUUUACCAUUGUUACAUUUAUAAGGUCGAAGUGAGAAUUUUGCAUGUGCCAUCAACAGCUGAUAUGUAGGGAGGUGGCAGGAUCAUGCUCUGUGGCUGAUUUGCUGCUGGAAGGGCUUCUGCUCUUCACAAGAUUAAAAGUAUCAUGAAAGAAUGUAUUGUGGAAAUAUUGAAGCAACAUCUCAGGACGUCCACAGGGAAGUUAAAGUUUGAGCACAAAUUGAUCUUCCAAAAGGACAAUGAGCCAAAGUAUUUUGUCAAAUUAAAUAAGAAGGGCAUAGAGGUUCUCAAAAUCAAGCUGUACAUUUCAAAGGACACUGUUGCCAAACCCUAUAAAACUGUAUGUAAGCGUCUGAAUUUGAGGAAAGUAUUUUAUUUCUCAAUAUAUUCUAGCAUUUGUCAAACCGAAAUAAACUGGGAAAUGACUGGACUCACAUAAUGUCAGCAAGUAAAAAAAAAGGUAGUUAUUUUAUACAGCAUAUGUACAUAUUUGGUUUUAAGUGCGAGACUUUUGAGAUUCAGAUCAAAGGUAUUAUAGUAUGAACUUAAGAUCAAAUGUUGACAUAUAUGUAACUCUAUAUGAACAUGUACCUCAUGCUUAUUUUAUAAUGCCUGUGCAUAUAAUGUGUUAUAUGUGUACAUCUUUUUGUAUUGAUAUCAUGUCCUUUGAUGUGUUAUGUAAAUAAACACUGAAUUUUUUUUUUCUGUUUUAAGAGAGACCAUUCUUUAGCAAAAUCAGUUGCAAGGUAGACACAGAACCUGUUCAAGGCUAAUGAGCAAUGGUACAGAAUAUAGGUUGUUUUUGUUUUGUUAAUUGAAUAAGAGAAUAGAGAUGGAUAAAGGCAGUUUUGCUUCAUUACUUUAUUUCUUUUCCUUGGCUUUCUUAUUUUUUGGCCUUCAAAUGAGCAAAACGCUAGAAAAAAUUGGUGUAGCCCAAGGGUUAAUUUUUCAAGUUGAACUGCAGAAAUGUGAUUGCAUGUGAGAGAGAAAGUUAUUCAAAAGAGAGUUGCAAAUGACAGCAUUGCCAAUCAAAGUUUAAAGCAUGUAUCCAUCGACACAAAAAGAAAAACCAAACAGUGAUUGACUUCUUUUGCUGAGAUCAGCCAAACAAAAGGAUGAGCUUGAGUACAAUAUGAGGCAAAACUGACAAGACAGCUAAAACAUUCUUAGAUGUGGAAUAUUCUUCCUGUUCUGUUAAAGUGUUGGUAUCAAGAAUGUUCAUUUGAGGUCUUCUAUUUUACAUGUUUUCCUGCUGAGAUGAACCUUGUUGCCUACUGUAAAAAAGUUCUAUUGUCACAUUAUAACUGGAAAUAAAUGAUCUUUGCUGCCA